GGAGCGCGUAACAAGAGUUGGAAAGGAAUCUGUUCGGGGUGGUGAGGAUCUCUGGGCUUCGGGUUCGGGGACGCCGAGGGGAUUCCCUGAGCAUUUGGUUAUAAUGGUCAAUGGAUUGGUUGGGAGUGCAGAAGAUUGGAGAUUCGCUGCAGAACAGUUCGUGAAAAGGCUUCCAGAUAAAGUAAUCGUCCAUCGAAGUGAAUGCAAUUCCUUGAGACUAACAUUUGAUGGCGUUGAUUUGAUGGGUCAAAGGUUAGCUGAAGAGGUAAUUUCAGUUGUGAACAGAAGAAGUGGUGUACAGAAGAUCUCAUUUGUGGCUCACUCAUUGGGUGGCCUAAUAGCAAGAUAUGCUAUUGGAAGUCUUUAUGAGUCUGUCCAAAGGGACUCUUCUGUAAAUGGACAUCAUGUAAAUAAGGACGAGAACUUAGAAGGGAAAAUUGCAGGAUUAGAGCCUAUGAAUUUUAUUACAUUUGCCACACCCCAUUUGGGCUCCAGAGGACAUAAACAGCUUCCUAUCCUUUGUGGCCUUCCAUUUUUGGAGCGAAGGGCAUCCGAAACUGCCCAUUUGAUAGUCGGAAGGACAGGUAAGCAUCUAUUUCUUACUGAUGCUGAUGAAGGCCAACCUCCUCUUCUACUCCGAAUGGUUGAUGAUUGUGAUGAUAUAAAAUUCAGGUAAGGCUUUCCAAUUCCUCCUACAAAGUCGUCGUAUGCCAAUGCAAAUUUUGAUCAUAUGGUAGGAUGGAGAACAUCGUCAAUUCGUCGUCAACAUGAAUUGCCUAAAUGUCAUCUUCUCGUGACAGACGAGAAGUACCCCCAUAUCGUCUAUGUGGAUAAGAUGAGAAAAGAUGAUGUUCAGAAAGAAGAAACUUCAGAUGUUGAAAAUAUAAAGUACGACUUGGAAGAGGAGAUGAUUAGAGGUCUUACCCAAGUACCUUGGGAGCGCGUGGAUGUAAGCUUCCAAAACAGCAAGCAAAGAUAUAUUGCACAUAAUACCAUCCAGGUGAAAAGCUAUUGGCUAAACUCUGAUGGUGUAGACGUCGUCACCCAUAUGAUAGAUAAUUUUCUAAUAUAGCCAACGCUUUCGCUACAAAAAUUUGUGACUGGAUUCUUGUUGGAUGGUGUAGCUUAGACUAGUGGUUUUCAUGUGUGUAGCCAUGCACAAGAGAAUACAUGUACAUCUAUUCUUGAGAGCUAGGGUGUUCAUUUGUAAGUAAGGUUCGGCAUCUAAUGACUUCUUGCUUGUAAAUGACUCUAGUUCUGUUUUUCCGUUCUAUCUGUUACGUAAUUAUGCUUUAGAUUCUUCGUUUGUGUAAAAGGUCCUGCUUUAAGCGAUCUUGCCGUUGAUCUUGUAUUCAGGGAAUGUUUUUA